AUGAUAACGGGAAAGAGCGAUGAUCAAGGCAAGCACCCGUGUCCCUUGUACAACCACUAUUCCAACGUCACUCUCAUCUGCAACCCGUUGGGACUAUCUAAUUACGUCCACUCUAUCCCCGCGCUGGCAAUCGAACCAGUAAAGUCGACCAACAAUGGCGUCAUCGAAUCCGCAACAGAGCCGCAUACCCACUACUUCAAGGAAGAAGCAGCAGUCUCCCACGCGACCGACGAAAUCAACGAAACCAAAGAAUCUAAGAACAAGGAGGAAGACAACACGAAACGAAAGAUACCCCUCCAUGUCAUGUCAAACCGACUUCAAAGGCGCAUGAUCUCGAUGGGCUGGUCUCCGACUCGAAUGACGGGGCGCACUGCAUGUCGGGGAGAGGUUUCGGAAGACGAUCCACUGGAGCCUACCGAGGAAGCGACUCUAGAAGCAGAGGAAGGGGCUUUCGAGCAACCGUUCAUCGACUGGGGAUCGGAGGAGAAGAAAGCCCAGAAGAAAUACCAUGACGGAUAG